AUGGCAGUUGGGUUGUUGCUGUGAGGUAUAUCACGGUUAUAAUUAACUCUUGUCAGUCGUGACGCCAGGUUGAGCGUUAAUACUGUGAUGCUUGGCCUAUCGCUAUCCUUCCCAAAAGCGAUAGGGAGAUGUAGAAAAAAAGCAAUGUCCACAACCAGAGCUUUGCUGAAAACUUUCGGAAACUUUAUUGAAGAUUUUCUGUAACAUGGGAUAACAGGAACAGUCCAUAUAACAGAGUCUAUGUACAGCGCAGCUGAGAUUGACGUAUGGUUGGGACUUUUGUAAGUUCUUUAGAUUAGGAGGAUUUUGUAAGCAUAGAUCCGCUGGAUUUAGGGGUAUUUUUAGGUCCAGGGGUCUUGCUAGCAUAAGGGGGGAAGUUGUAAGAACUCACUGUUUCUUUUCAGGCCGAGGCCGGCAGGCUGUGGCCCAGUAGCAGUCAUUGUAAGUUGCGGAGGUCUGUCCUCAUGAAGUGUCAGCAACCCAAGAGAGCGUCUAUUGGCUGAAGCUCCCUUAUAUGGGCAGGGGCUGGCCGUUUUAGGAUUAGUCCAGACCAUCUGUCAAUCAGCUUUACAAAGGAUUAUGGGUAAUCACCUGACCCAUAAACCUCCAAAGGUCCUUUUACCUACCAUAGAGUACUAACCCGAAUCACAUGACCUAAGGUCCUGCGAUGCUAUGAAGGAAAGAGGCUUGGCAUACAGGAAGUGACGCAGGAGAGACGAAACCAAACCCACCAUCCUCGAAAUCUGUUCCUGCCAUCGUGCACAGGUUCUGUCCUCAUUCUGGUGGAUCACUUCCGGUGACAUCCCGGGAGCGGAGCUGGUGCAGGAUCCUGGACUUCGCUCAGAAAUGCUCCACAGUCCGUUCCCAGGACAUCAGCACAUCUCACAGAAGAUGCACAAGGGUAGUAAUCAAGUAAUGGAAAUGGUAUUAAGUCUCACCCUGGAGAUCAUCUGCGUACUGACUGGAGAGGAUACUAUCAUGGUGAAAAAGUGUGGUGAAUGGAUGAGACCUCAAUCACUUAUAUUUGGGAGCAGGAACGAUGAGAAGAUCCUGGAACUCGCCAACAGGAUCAUCCAGCUGUUAACUGGAGAAGUUCCUAUAAGAAUUGAGGAUAUCAUUAUCUGUUUCUCCAUGGAAGAGUGGGAAUAUGUAGAAGGACACAAGGAUCUGUACAAUGAUGUUAUGAUGCAGAAUGACCAGAUCUUUGGAGCUCUGAAUGUUUCUGCAGGCCAGGAGGUUCCAGAAGAAAACCAUAUUGGUUUAAUUGUUAGAAAACAUUGUAAUGUAUCAGAAAAGUCCACCAGCUUCCCAGCCACAAAGACUGACUAUAAAAAGACAAAUCAUUCAGAAGCACAUUUGCCAUAUCUUUUCCUUGAUGGAAAGACAGUCAUGCUAGGUGAACAGCAAGGCCUUGACCCUUCUAAUGUCCAGAAAACAGAAUCCAACACUUGUAAUAGGGUCAAAUCUGACCACAAUGCAGUAUUGACAGAGAUUAACUUUGGCCAAACAAAAGAGAAGGAGCCGGAAUCACUAGAGAAGACAAUAUUUGCUCAGGAAGAUCUCCCAUUACUUCAUAUAAAAGAAGAAGAACUAAGUUCAUGCGAUGAAGAUUUUAGUGAUGUAGAUACUUUUACAGUUACUGAUCUUGAUGAAAUGGACUAUGCAGCUCCAGUUAACAAAUCCACAGACUGCUUUAAGGAGUCACACGUAACAACUAAUUCCAUUUAUACAGGUCCUGACCACAAAGAUGAAAUGGAGUACAUACAUGUUCUAUCAGACAAUGACUAUGUAAAGUCAGAAAUAAAGUCAUCUCAGGGAUCCAGAAACAGUGACAAGACAUUUCAUUGCACUUAUUGCUUGAAGUCAUUUCCCAAGGCAACGCAGCUUAAAUUGCACAUAAUAAGUCACCAAAGUCAAAAAGCAUUAACAUGCUCAGAAUGUGGGAAAUGUUUUUCUAAAAAAUCUGAGCUUGUGACACAUCAUAGAAUUCACACAGGAGAAAAACCUUUCGCUUGUCCAGAAUGUGGCAAGCAAUUUCCUACCCGGGCAAAUGUCAUUGCCCAUCAGGCAACUCAUAAGCAACCAGCUUCUGCUGGUACUAAACUGCGGAGCCACAAUAUGUUGACCCGGGUCGAUCAAGUUUCAGUUCUAUGCUCAGAAUGUGGAAUGAGCUUUGAAAAUUGCAAAGUUCUUGAAGAACAUCAAAGGAGUCACAAACAACAGAAGAUGCACAUGUGCCCUGUGUGUGGUAAAGGCUUCACAAAAAGAGGACAUCUUAGUAACCACAGUAGAAUUCACUCAGGAGGGAAGCGUAAAACGCUCUCUGAAAGUGGAGAAUGUGCCCCUCAACCACGGAAGAGACCGUUUCUAUGCUUUGAAUGUGGUAAAUGUUUUCCAAGCCGUUCCCAUUUAGACAGACAUCAAAGAAUCCACACAGGAGAGAAACCAUUCUCAUGUUCUGAAUGUGACAAACGUUUUACUGAUCGUUCUGGCCUUGUGAUACAUCAGAGGAUACAUUCUGGAGAAAAACCAUAUUCAUGUGAUGACUGCGGCAAAUGUUUCAGAGAUCGCUCCGGACUUGUCGUCCAUCAGAGAAAUCACACAGGACAGCAACCAUUCAGGUGCCUUGAGUGCAGAAAGUGCUUUCACAAUAGGGCACGGCUGGAACGCCAUGAACUCAUUCACAAAAAAGAAAAACCAUAUUCUUGUCCAGAGUGCAACCAGUCUUUUACAAGUGUGUCUGCCCUGACAAUCCAUUACAGAGGCCACUGUGGGAAACAACCAAGUGAUCAGACUACAAAAAAUUCCCAAUCUCACCCACAAGGACAGGCGAGACAUCUCAGAGAAGAAAAGUCACUUGUGUGUUCAGAAUGCGGGAAAGGUUUUAAAGAAUUAUCUACCCUAACUGCACAUUACAUGACUCAUAUAGCAGAACAGCAAAAUAUCCACCAUGGAGAGAGUCUUCAAAGCAUUGAAGUACUCCAGAAAGUUCAAACUACUGAAAACCUCUCCUCACCUUCAGAAUGUAGAAAAUAUCCUCUGAAUUGUACCACUCUGGUGCACGAAAAAGGACAUAUAGAAAAAAAUGUAUUUUCCUGUUCUGAGUGUGAAAAAUCUUUUUUAGACCGUGCAAGUUUUAUUACGCAUAAACAACAGCACAAUGGGGAGAAACCAUAUAAAUGUCCCAAAUGUGGGGAAUGUUUUGUGUUGAAAGGUUACUUAACUAAACACUUGGAAACUCACACAUUUUGAUUUUUUUAGGUGUCAACCACAGUAAAAAUAAUUUAUUUUGUGCAGUCAUGUGGUACAUUUGUUUUUUUUGUGACAUGACAAUAAUACAUUUAUAUUUAGAGGAGCAUGUUAUCAACAUAAAGAUAUGGGGGAGAUUUAUCAAAACCUGUGCAAAGGAAAAGUUGCCCAUAGCAACCAAUCAGAUCGCUUCUUUAAUUUUUUGCAGAGCCCUUGUUAAAAAUGAAAGAAGCAAGCUGAAAGGUUUUUCCUCUGGACAGGUUCUUCCUCUGGACAGGUUUUGAUAAAUCUCCCCCAUGAUGCCUUGACUUCUUUUUUUUUUUUUAUUGAACCAUUCCGUAACUCCUUCCGUCUUUGGCGAUUUUUCAUUUUUUGCACUUUUGUUUUUUCCUCCUUACCUUUUCAUAAUCAUAACCCCUUCAAUUUUGCACCUAUAAAUCCAUAUGAUGGCUUAUGUUUUGUGCCACCAAUUCUACUUGGUAAUGACAUCAGUCAUUUUACCCAAAAAUCUAUGGCGAAACGGAAAAAAAAAAUCAUUGUGCGACAAAAUGGAAGAAAAAACGUAAUUUUGUACAUUUUGGGGGCUUCCGUUUCUACGCAGUACAUUUUUCGGUACAAAUGACACCUUAUCUUUAUUCUGUAGGUCCUUACGAUUAAAAUGAUACCCUACUUAUAUAGGUUUCAUUUUGUCGUACUUCU